AUGACGCAACGCGUUACUGGCCAGCGUUUCCGCCAGCGCAAAUUGUCUACGAAGCAAAACAUACCUGUGUUGCGCGAGCAUGAGGUCGAAAAGCUCGACGAUGACGAAGCGUCGCGACAUAUUCCCAGAGUCGAGACUGGUGUUGAGAAAGGAGAGGAAAUUGAACAUCAUUUGCAAGCUGUCAUCUCUGCAGCGCAGGCAGCGGCCCAAGGUGCUACCGGCGGUAAGAUUGCUCAACUGUACAUCCCGACACCAGAAGCAAUUGCAAGCCAUCUGCAGUACGAUGAGUUGUACCCUAAACACUUUACACAGCCUGCCACGUACAUCCGGUUCUCUUCCACCGUAGAGGAUACCUCGGGAUGCCCGUACUGCAUGACCAGUGAUGAUGCUGCAUUUCUCAAAGCGUACAACCAGAAGAAGACCAAGGGUUCACAUUGUUCCGAGGAUGAGUUCGAGGAGGUCAUGAACUUCUUUGAAGAAAUUGCUCAGACAAAACAGCCAUUCUCUGCCGUUGGUGAUGCUCCUGUACUCCCUUACGAAGACCUGGAAUCCGAAUUCGACGAGACGAUCGGUGAGGCGGCGCGGAGAUUUGCCAAAGACAUCUACUCGCAUUGGAAGAAUCAAAGAUUGCUGAAGGGCAAUCGACCCUUGCUACCAUCGUUGAAGUUCGAGACAAAUCUCGAUACUGAUGAGGCAGAUCCAUAUGUCUGCUUCAGACGUCGUGAAGUACGGCAGGUCCGCAAGACCCGAGGACGAGACGCACAGGUGACCGAGAAAUUGAAGAAGUUGCGAAAUGAGCUGGAACAAGCUAGGUUCCUAAUGGCUCAAGUAAAGCGGCGAGAGGCACUGAUCAGAGAUUCGCUUGCGAAUGAUAAGCAGAUCUUCGAGCAACGGCACGCUGUCAAGGAGAUCAAGAGAAGACUGAGCAUCAAGGCUGAUGAUGAAGAGCUCUUGAUCACCCAGAAGCCUGCGCCUAAGCCCAAGCCAAGACCGGAUCUCGAGAGAGUCCGCCAGAACAUACCUGGCAUGAAGCCGCAGGUCACCCGUGCGGAUGGGCGGCUUGUGGACAGCGACCUUGUAUACCUUGAGGAACAGCAAGCGAAGAAGACGGAAGCCAUCGACACUUUUAUUGAGGACAACCUUGUCAAGCACCAGAAAUGGAAUGUCGGCUGGGUUGACGCGACAUGGCGACCUAUUACACCACCGUUGGAGCAGGCCGCUGCGAAAUCAGAUUUCCGUACGGUCUUUACUGAAUCGCAGCUGCCCACUCCUCCGGCUUCUGUUUCUGACGACGAAGGUGCUGACUCCAUGGCGGUAGUACGUGCGAACCCGCCGGAUACUCUGCGCCGAAAUGCACGGAUACGUUUUGGUUCGCCGCCAGAUGAUGUGCCAUUCCAAGAUCAGUCUCGUUACCGGAGAAGAAUAGGACGAGGUGGGCGUGUGUUGAUCGACAGGCGCGGUGUCAAGCGCCAAAGGCUCGAAAGCAGCCAGCUAGACGAGCGUAUCGCGGACCGCUGGAAGUACUCCGGAGACAGUAGUGAGGAUGAACAGACGUAUCCUGUCGACUGGACAGACAAUCUGCACAUCCGGUAUCGUAUCAUGAUCGAGCGACAAGGUGAGAAGCAGCAGGCCCAACAGGCAGCAGGCGCGGCCCGGAAAUCCAUUGAGAACAAUAAUCGAUCUGCAUCUGGUCACCUGAUGCCACCGACAGCAGCGCCCGGUCCAAGCGCAGCACCGUAG